UGACCCUUUAUGUUACGCAACAGCCGGUAAAUAAUAAUAAAAGAUUGGUUUCAUAAGUUAAUGCGAGUUCAAUCGCCGCUCAGUCAGUUUUCUUGUUGAAAUAUUAACAUGAUUCUUUGACAAAGGUGUGGUUACAGCUGUUUGACCAGUAAGAGCUGAGAAAAAAAAGAUGCCGAAGAAAGUAUUAAUCAUUGGAUCAGGGGCUGCAGGAACAGCCGCUGCCUACAGUCUGUCACGUUGUCCUGAGAAGUUUGAGGUCCAGGUCUGGGAGAAAUCCAGCGUGCCAGGAGGAGUAGCCACCUCCUCCGAAAUCAAGGGGGGAGUAAUUAUCAAUGAUGGAGUUCAAGGAGGCUGUCCCACAUACAGAAAUCUCUUGAAUAUAAUGAAGGAGUUCAAUCUUGAAGUAAGCCCUGUGAAACUGACAGUUUCUUUUGGCAAGGGAAAAACUGCCUGGACCAACUAUGCUCCAUCCGAAUUAACUGAAAAACUGAAGGAUGAUAUUGCAAGAUUUGAGAAAGUUCUCAAAAUUAUCAACAAGUUCGAGGCCAUUUUUAUUUUCCUCCCUAUUGCCAAAGUUCUGAAAUGGUACGGCUUUUCUGAGGACUUUUGCAAUUACAUGGUUUUCCCCCUGACAGCUCUGUUUUUUGGAACUGGGAAUCAGACUCCCUUUGUCUCCUCAGCUAUAAUGGCCCGAGUCUUCCUUGAUGAUGAUCUUAGGCUGUUUGACUAUGAUUCCAAGAGACUUCUAAGUCAAACACCAGAAAUGUUUGCCUUUCCUAAACUUGAAGACAUGUACAAAACCAUAAUGGACAAUUGUGGUGUGAAGUUCCAUGGCAACAGAAGUGUGGAGAAAGUAAGCAGGUGCCCUGGAAAAGUCUUCGUUACAGAUCACACUGGUAAAAAGGAAGACUUUGAUGAAAUCAUAUUUGCUUGUGAUGCUGAAACAGCCUUGAAAGUUUUGGACAACCCAACCUUUAUGGAGCGAAGGGCCUUAGGAAAUGUGCGAUAUUUCAAUGAUCUGAUCAUAACUCAUGAGGACGAAGAUUACAUGAACAAAUAUUAUGAACUUCACAAGGACGUUGACCAGUAUUUUAUUCAUACAGACGAUAAAGACCCAGAAAAAAUAGAGAUGUCUUUUAACUUGACAAACUAUCAACCCCAUCUGAGAGGAAAACAUAGCAUAAUCUAUCAAACCAUUUAUCUGAAUGACAAACUUCGAUCGUUUUGGACAGAGAAAGACCUCAAUCCUGACAAAAUCCUGCUGAGGAGAUGGUGGCGACAGUUUGCCCAUAGUUGGCAUCAUUACGCCUUCGUGGUUCCCCUCGUUAGAUACAUACAAGGGAAGCAGAACUCCUGGUACUGUGGAGCUUACACCCUGAUCAAUACUCAUGAAAUCGCAACCAUAUCUGGUCUGGCGGCUGCCCAUCGGUUGGGAGCCCCUUAUCCUUUUCCUCACGACAAACUUGCUGCCAAACAGUUUGACCAGUAUCUCCUGGUGAUUCAUGGCCAACCACGAUCAUUUGGAGUGAACAAAAACACCCUGCUUAGCUAUGUAAUGGCUCCAUUCAUGUUAGUGUUUGCUGGGAUCUCCCUUCUAGUUAACUUUCUACACACCAUGUUUUUCGCUUAAAAUGCCUUCUUUGUGAUAAGAAUUUUGAAAUGCCAUCUUAGAUGAUCUACACUAUUACUGUAUAAACAAAUACUGAUAUACUUGUAGUGAGUUGUACAUAUGGUUACCUUAUUUUUUGCAUAAUAGAAUUCAUAAAUACCUCAGUAUUGAAAGAUCUGCAUAUAUCAAUUAGAGAAAUAAUCUCUGAUUUCAUAUACAAUUAAACUUUAAUGGUAUCUCAAACAGUUAUAUCCCAAAUACCGUGGAUAAAUCAAAGUGAUAUGCAAGUCCCUAUAACAUUUUCUGUAUGUUUUUUACCCUCAGUAUCCCAAAUUGUAGGAUAUCUAUUUCUACUCAGUCCCUUUGGGGUUUUAUCUGUACAAAGUGUUAAAAUAAAUACAU